AUGAAUCGCACUCGUUUGGAUACGUGUUUUCGAAGCAGAUCCAGAAGAUGGAUUACCAUUGUGUUGGGCAUUAUCGAGAUAUUCUGGUUCAGUGGCUACUUCUACGGAUUCAAUGCAUUGAUUAAACCGUAUCAAUCACUUGGUGUAUUUGACUGGUUCUGUUCCGGAACGGAUUGUACUAAACAGGAAAAAAUGUUCAGUUACGCGUUUAUCGUGGCUUCGGUGUUUCAGCUAUGCCUGAUUCCUUGCACGGGACUUAUGCUGGACAGAGUUGGACUACGAGCGACAAAACUGUUCGCGGUCGCACUCAUGUUUUGUGGUGGCAUGAUGUACGCGUUCACCAGUCGCCCGUCUUCGGUCUUGCUGUUCUUCAGUGGUCCGUUGGUAUCUUUAGGCAGUCUUUCAAGCAUGUUGUGCAAUUACACCAUAAACGCCAUGUUUCCUCGAUUUGAAGCCAUUGUGAUUGCCCUGAUAUCCGGGGCAUACGAUUCCAGCUCGGCAAUACCGUUCAUUAUCGUCAAAGCGAUGUCCGUUAUGUCUCUUCAAACUUCCUUUAUUAUUUUGGCAUGCGUGGGAUUGGCCUACGGUAUAAUAUUUGCUCUAAUCUUUCUCACACAAUACGCGCCGGAGAUGGGUCAGGUCUGGAAGCCAAAGCCAGAUGAAUCUGAUUCGUUCCCGAAACAGUCAAAAGAGCAGGAAAUAGAGAGUUUCCGUAUGAUUUCGAAUGACAACAAACUGUAUUUAGAUGAAAAGAUUGGUUGUGUCAAGUGCAGGAAUGCGAUGGGUUCUAUUGAAGCGACAGAUCUGUUAAUCUAUUGUUCGCCUCACUGGGGUCUCUACCUGAUCGUUCCAGCCGUGUUGUUUGCAGCAUAA